ACGUUCAGCUGGAGAGAAAACUGUGAUUUGGUUUGGCUAAGAUUAGCCUUCCAAACUUUUUAGAGUUGUAUAUACAGCCGCAGCUUUAUCGGAAAACUGUUGCCAAGAUAAAGCGAAGACGAAAGAAUAUUCAAAAUGAAUCUGUCUGAAGAGCAACAAGAUGACAUAUAUCCCAGCAGAGAAGAACAAGAGGAAGCCCUUCAUCCUUUGGUGGCUCUGGCACCCGAUGCUUCACAUACAGAAAGUCAGCCGUCUGUCAAUGCUGACAUCUCUACUUUUUCUGCUUUUGUGUAUUUAGAUGAGAUGUUGUCAGCAGGAAAAAUCAGCCAGACCACAGUUGUCAAACUGAAAGCAAGCUACAACCUACUCCAUCAGACCCUGAAGUGUGUCCAGGAGUCUGAGGUCCAUCUUUUAGGAGAAGCAAAAAGGUUCCGGGCUGAGCUGCAGAGACUUCAGAGCGAGAUGCAGAAUACAGAGGAGCAGAGUGUCUCUGAGGAGCCUGAAAGUGAGGUCAGCGAACUAAGGCGACAGCUCCUGCAGGCGUACAAUGAACUGCAAGCUGCUGAGGAGAGAGAAUACAAGACACAGCAUGAGCUGAAGUGUCUCUGGGAAGAGAAGCAGUAUCUGGAGAAAGAAAAUGAGAAUCAAGCUAAACCUCCUGAGCUGGAGAGACAGACAGAGGCAUUACACAAUAGAUAUGAGGAUCUGAGGAAAGAAGUGGCCCAGAGACAACUAGAUGUCAGAAGCCUGAUGGAAGAUGUGGAAGAACAUGAAACACAGAUAUUGAAAGAACAGAAAGAACUUGAAGAAAAGAAAGAGAUCAUAGAACUCAAAGAGGCUGAGAAAGCCCAACUCAUCAGCCUAGCCAACCAGCUUUCAGAGGAGAAUGAAAGGAAGUGCUCUAAGUGGGAAGCUACAAUGAGGAAGAUGGAAGCAGUAAAUAUGGAGAUUUCAGAGAUCCAGAAAGAAGUGAAGGUGGUGGAUGAGCGUAACCAGUCCGUUAGGAUGAUGAGGGAGGAAAUGGUGCAGGAGCUGGAGGGUGUGAAGACCCAAGUGGAGGCCUGUCAGAACGAUUGUAGACAGCUACUGAAAGAGCAAGAGUUCAGGAGGGAGGAGAAAGCUGAAUUCAUUGGAAACAGAGGCAUCUUGGAAAUGAAGUUGCAGAACAUCAUGAGUGACCAAAAGCACCUGUAUGAGAGCAGAUCUGUGCAGCUCAGAGAGAAAAACAGGCAGAUGCAGGCCCUGAAAAGGAUGGAACAGGCACUGACCAUGGCCACUGAGCAGCUGGCACACACGCAAUCUCUCUACAGCGAGCUGCAAGGACAGCUAGAUGCUGUUCCCAAAAGUGAGGCCAGUAUCCAGCAAAGGAUGGAGCUUCAGAAAGAGGUGGAUGCUCUCAAAGUCAGCUUCGAAAAACAGCUAUCAGUGGCUGAGGAGGAGAGCGAGAAGAAGCAGCAGUAUGGGAUGAUUCAGGAGCUGCUGAGGGAGUCAAACCGCCUCAGAGUAGAACUCCAUAACCUCAGAUGUCUAACACAGAUCAAAGCAGAGGAGAGGGGCCAGAAGCAUCGUGAACUGUUGAGGACUGAGCAACUGAAGCAGCACAUCCAGCAGGAGCUCAGAGAAAAAGGGCUGAUUGUCGUGGAGCACAGUAAGGUGGAUUCAACAUUACAGCACAGAAUAUCUCAAUAUUCUAAGCUAUGUGACAUGAUCGUAGAAGAGAAGAAUAAGUAUGUCAAACUAAAGGAGAUCUCCUCUCAGACGAUCACAGAGCUGAUGGAGGAGAUUAAAGUCCUAGAAAAUGAGAUGGAAAUCCAGCGCACAAUUGCCAUCAACAAAGACAGAUCUCUCACUAAGGCUCAUAUGAAGGUCUCUAAUGCUUCCAAAAUGAGAGUGAAACUGCGCAAUGACAUCUCCAAGGUUGCUUGGAAGCAAUGUCAGAUCAGUCAAGAGUUUGAAGAUAACAAACUGGAACUGAUGAGACUCUCGCAGGCAAUCAACCUGCAGGAGGAAUCACUCCUUGAAAUAAACAGGAAUCAUGAAACUGCCAUACAGCGCCGCAAUUUCCUGGGAAUCCAACUCUUAGAGCAUGAGGUGGUUUUGGUCAACUACUGUGAGAAGAUGAACAACCAGGAGGCAGCCAUUUCUAAGGGCAUCAUGGCUGUGGAGACCCUGGAGAAGGACAUGACAGAGUUACAGUUAGAAAUUAAUGAAGAGAAGAGACAGAUAAGCCUGAAGAAGAAGGAGGUGCUCCUCAAGCGAAAACUGGAGGAAGAGAUCACCAUGCUGCAGAUAGAGCUGUCAGAGGCCAGAGAGAAGACACUGGAAAGUCUGAAUCCAACAGUCGAUUACAGGGAACUAAAAGGCGAGGACCCCUCAAUGGUGGAGCUGGUCAAGAAAAUAAAGCAGCUUGAGGUGAAUCUAGCUGAACGAGAAAUGCAGUUGCAGGAAAAAGAACUCCUGGUGGACCAGGUGACCCGGCUGUCGAAGCCGCUCAGGGAGCAAGCUGAGAACUGCCAGCAGGACAGACUCUCGCUGGCAAAGAAGCUGAAUGAGGUCCAAACUAACAUCAUAAACACCAACCACCGUAUAAUGGCCAUUUCUGCAGAACUCUCCAUGAAGCAAGCUGCUGCUUUAUCUGAACAGCAACAGAUAAAAGAGAAAGAGCUCCAGAUGGACAGAUGCCAGCAGCGGUUGGACCAGGGCCUGUCGCCUUACCCUGAAAUUGAGGAGGAGUGGAGGAGGAUGCUUCGGGACAAGAAGAGGAGACAGAGGGAUAAAGAGGAGAAGAAGAGGCUUGCUGAGGAAAACAAGUGGAGGCAGCUGCCAAAUGGAAAGUACACCACAGCCGAGGCACGGCCCAAUGCUUACAUCCCCGAGAACGACCGGCUCCCUCUGCCCAAACCCUACGGAGCCAUGGCCCCCUUGAAACCACCACAACCAGGAGCCAACAUGAGGCACUUCCGCAAACCCAAACCCGAACCUUUAGAGAACUAGAAACAUCACACGUGUGAAGAUUAAAAUCAAUGCAAACUGAUGUGGUUCUGAGUUUAAAACCAUAAUCAUUGGUGCCAUUUAAUCUUAACUUGAGGAGUUGUUGAAACAAAAACAAGGAGAAUUUGAAACAUAUUUUUAGCCACACACACACACACUGAUCUAUCUACUCCUCACACGCCUCUAAUAGCUGCUCCCUCCUCCUCCUCCUCUCUGCCCCUUGUGUGCUCACACUUCAGCUCACUGCUGCAGCUUUGUCAUGUGAGAGUUACUCAUUAUUGCAUCUGGUUGUAAUUGUGUUUCCCUUUUUUGAAAUUUACCGGCAGCGUUUACUCUCUGCUUGGAGCUAAACUACGUACUGUAAGUGAUAGGGAAGACGAGGGAGAAAGGGGAAAUGUGAGUGUACUGUUACAUAACCUUCAUCAGCACGGUUUGUAUUAAUUUUGGACUGUUUUAAAUUUCUUUCUUGUAAAGAUAGAAUUCAUUUCUCAAGGAUGCUGGGAUACUCAAACACAUUCCUCAGCCUUGUUGUUUCACCCUUCACGGUUGUAAUCUUUGAAUAAAUUGCAACGGGUUUAUGCUGUAUGCGAGGGUGGGAGAGCCUGCUUAAUGCCUGAAAUGAUAAAUCUAGAGGAGUAAGCUCAGGCAAUGAAAGAGCAUAAAGGAUGACAGAGAGGAGAAAAUUUAAAUUAAGCGGAUGGCAGUCAGACAGGAGAGUCAAAGGGAAAAAGAGGAUGAAAGAGUGGCUGUAAAGUGGGUGUAGAGUUCAGAGUUGGUUAGUUUUGACCAAAACAAAGUCAAUUCCCUUUGAAACCCCUUAAAAAAUGUUUUGAGUAAAUUUAAUUUUAGUUUGUGUGUUUGAUGUUGUAUGAAUCAAUUUAAUUCAAAAAGUAAUGCAAAAUAAAAAUUGACAAAGCAAAAUCUGUUUAGAAAAAAAGUUUAAAUAAAUUGUUAAAAAUAUGUUGAAACAAGUAAAAUCCUGUGAAUUAAUGCUGUACAGCAGAACUAAUGUUGUCUAAGCUCAUCUGAUAGGGGUAUCAGACCAAACUAAACGACUGGUGCACAACGUGUUAAACGUAGCUGGUGUUGCUUGAAUCGACUUCUUAAGAGAUAAGGCAUUGAUGUGAUAUGUGUGUGUGUGUGUGAUCAUCCAUUGCAGGCUGACGCUGGGAGUUGUCAGAUUAACUUAGCCCCUGACUGUUAGCUGGCUACAUAACGCUGACUGCAUAACAGAGCGUGGGGGAGGCAAGCAGGUGAGGAAUGAGCGAUUUGUUCGCACUGAAAAGGAAGAGAAACCCAGGAGACAAACGUA